AUGAUGGAUGUCGGCGUGGCCGGCUACAUCACGCCGGAGGACAUGAAGGAGUUUUUCAUGUGCGUCGAUGGUGUGUCCGCAUCACCGUGCAGCGACUUUCUGCGGUUGGGGAAGGACGAGCUGUGCAACUGUGACCGCUUCGUGGCCCUUACACUGGCGGCACUACGCAGCAGCAGCAGAGGCUCACGUACGCUGGGAGAGUGGGUCGACCACUACUGGCUGCUGCAAUACCGAAAAAUCUUUAUGGGCACAGCCGCGUUGAUGAAUUGGGAUGCGGAGCUGACGACAAUACCCCCGGAGCCGACGCACGGCUUCGAUUCCUUUGAGCUCGCCACGCUGCUGUUCGCGCUUACGGAGGCAGGUCUGCGCCUUGUGAACGCUGUGGAGGUUGAGCAGUGGGUGCGCUCAGGGCAGCACCGGCGCGGCUGCGCCAUCACAAUGGAGCAGCUGGCCACACUCCUCGAUACAUUGUCGAAGGCGGUGCCCUUCUCAGAGACGUGGCUCGCCCUGCUUCAGCACAGAAGCAGUAGCAAGCAGAAGGUACUUGAGAUUAUCAACACUUACAGUGCUGUGGCGGAUGCCACGGUGGUGGAAGAACUCCGGGAGCACAUCAUGCAGCUGAAGAGAGACACAAUGGCGGGAGGACGCUGUGCGAACUGCAGUCGUCUGGAAGAAGUGUUGCAGCAGCAGGCCGUGCGCCUUGCAGAUAUGGAGGCGGCGAGGGAAAGUUCGGAGGUCAAUCUGGGGCACUUAGAACGCCGAUUUGAGGAGCGGGCGGAGGCCUUUGCGCAGCUGCAGCAGGACUAUUGGCACGUGCAGAUGCUGCUAGAGGAUGCUCAACUCCACGAGGUGGAACUUGCAGAGGCGCUAGAGAACGCGAAGGGGCAACUGCCGAUGCAUCCGCGCGGCGGUGGUACGUUAGCGCUUAACACUUUCGCCGCAGCUCCCCCUGGGGCUGUUGCUGGCGAUGGCGUGCCAUCGCUGUUGCAGCUGAUGCCGUGCGGGCGUCUUGCCCAGCAUAUGCGCGACAGCAUGCCGAUCGCCGAUUCGCCCAUCUUAAGCACCAUCGGGGCCGUUGCGUACGCGAUACCGCCGGAGCUGUCGCAGCCGUCCGAGUGGUGUGUCGAUGUGUUCUGGUGCGACGCGACACGCGACGGGCGAAACAAAAUCGAAAGACUCGUCUGCCGUGACAGCGACGGACGUCGUAGUUGUGCAUUUCUUUUGAAGAACAGUGAGCUACAGGUUGUUGUAGCGGAUUAUAAUAACAGCAGCAGCAGCAGUUGUGGUGGUGGUGGUCAUUCGUUUCGGCUCACGCCACGGCGUUGGUACCGCCUCCAUUGUGCACUCGACUGGCGGGCCAAGAUGUUCGAUGUGACGGUGACAGAGGUAGGCCACGGCGGUUCGGCCGCUGCUGCACUGAAGAGUACGAAGAUGACGGCAACCAGGGCGUCAUGGGGGCCGAUUGCAAUGAUUGACGCGCAGACCAGUGGCAUCGCUGUUGUUGACAUUUUCCCGCGGACAGAGCUGCUGAUGAGUUACUGUAACUUUUUCCUCCGCUACACGAGCUAA